UUUUUUUUUUUUUUCUUCUUGACAGAAAAUCCUCGACAUCACAAAUAUAUCAACUAUGGCAACCAUCAACGAAGAUCAAAUCAGCGAGUUCAAGGAGGGCUUCAGCUUGUUCGACCGCAAGGGCAACGGAACCAUCGAGGCAUCCUCCCUCGGCGACCUCCUGCGCGCCAUGGGUCAGAACCCCACUCAGGCCCAAGUCCGUGAUCUCGUCGCCCAAGCUGACCCAUCAGGCUCGAACCUCAUCAACUUUGACACGUUCUUGAAGGUGCUGAUGCGUCCGGACGGAUUCAAGCCUGCGGGGACAUACCAGGAAUUCAUCAACGGCUUCAAGGUCUUUGACAAGGAGGGCAACGGAUACAUCUCUGUUGGCGAGCUGCGUUAUGUGCUGACAAACUUGGGCGAGAAGCUGACGGAUGCCGAGGUCGAUGAGCUGAUAAAGGGCGUUGAGACCGACAAGAGCGGAAAGGUCAAUUACGAAGAUUUCGUCAAGAUGAUCUUGAACUCGUAAACAUAUAACCCCUCCCCUCCCUCUCUUCAGAAUUCGAUUAUUUUUUUGUUCUCCUUUUCUUUGUCGCCAGAUUUCCGUGCCGUAGUGUCUUUGUUUUUUCUUUCUCAUUCAAAAUGUAUACCUAAAAAACCGAACUCAUCAUUCAACGGAUUCGUCGGGACUGUAAGGCACAUAAGCAAACCAUUCAAAAACUCCAACGAAAAUAAAAAAAACUGUAGUUGCGAAUACGACAACGUUUCUGUCGAUUGUAUUUAAAC